AUGGCGAUGCACAGAAUGAGGAGCGCUUUUGCGCCUCCGAGAAAGGGAGAAACUUUUGAACUGCGGGCGGGGCUUGUAUCCCAGUAUGCCUACGAACGAAAGGAAGCCAUACAGAAAACCAUUAUGGCCAUGACGCUGGGUAAAGACGUCUCCGCAUUAUUUCCCGAUGUCCUCAAGAACAUUGCGACCGCCGACCUCGAUCAAAAGAAGUUGGUGUAUUUAUAUCUCAUGAAUUACGCAAAAUCUCACCCCGACCUCUGCAUUCUCGCCGUGAAUACCUUUGUGCAGGAUUCCGAAGAUCCCAAUCCACUGAUCCGCGCCCUUGCGAUUCGAACAAUGGGAUGCGUCAGAGUCGACAAGAUGAUUGAUUAUAUGGAAGAACCCUUACGGAAGACCCUGCGGGACGAAUCACCUUACGUUCGCAAGACGGCCGCCAUCUGUGUGGCCAAGUUGUUCGAUCUCAACCCUGCCAUGUGCCUGGAAAAUGGCUUCCUCGAAACCCUUCAAGAGAUGAUUGGCGAUUCCAAUCCCAUGGUGGUAGCCAACUCCGUCCAAGCCCUGGCGGAAAUCAAUGAAUCUGCCCCGGAGACGAAGGCCCUCCAAAUCACUCCCAACACAUUAAAGAAGCUGCUCAUGGCUCUGAAUGAAUGUACGGAAUGGGGUCGUGUUACCAUCCUCAGCACCCUGGCCGAGUAUAAGGCACAAGAUGUAAAAGAAGCCGAGCAUAUCUGUGAAAGAGUGGCACCACAAUUCCAACACGUCAACUCGAGCGUGGUCAUCUCCGCGGUUAAGGCCGUUUUCCUCCACAUGAAGUAUCUGCCCUUGGACACUCAAAAGUCAUACUUGAAAAAGAUGGCACCCCCCUUGGUUACACUGGUGUCUUCCGCACCCGAAGUGCAGUACGUGGCGCUAAGAAACAUUGACCUUCUCCUCCAAAAGCAACCCGACAUUCUCAGCAAAGAAAUCCGAGUCUUCUUUUGCAAGUAUAACGACCCUCCUUAUGUCAAAUUUCAAAAGCUGGAAAUCAUGGUUCGCAUUGCCAACGAAGCGAACGUCGAUCAAUUGUUGGCCGAACUCAAAGAAUAUGCCCUAGAAGUGGAUAUGGACUUCGUUCGGCGAGCCGUUAAAGCGAUUGGGCAGGUUGCUAUCAAGAUUGAGAGUGCCAGUGAGAGAUGUGUGAAUGCCCUUUUGGACUUGAUCAACACCAAGGUCAACUAUGUGGUACAAGAAGUCAUUGUGGUGAUCAAAGAUGUCUUCCGCAAGUACCCCGGCUACGAGGGGAUUAUUCCGACGCUCUGCAAAUGCAUCGACGAGUUGGACGAGCCCAAUGCUAGGGGGUCCCUUAUAUGGAUUGUGGGCGAAUAUGCUGAAAAGAUCAGCAAUGCCGGUGACAUUCUCGGUGGAUUUGUCGACGGCUUUGCGGAAGAAUUUACCCAGACUCAACUUCAGAUCUUGACGGCUGUCGUCAAAUUAUUUUUGAAGCGACCACAAGCGGCACAGGGACUUGUUCAGAAAGUUCUCACUACUGCCACGGCUGAAUGCGACAAUCCCGAUAUCCGUGAUCGAGCAUACGUCUACUGGCGACUUCUUUCGAACACCAGCGACCAAAACGCUCCCAAGAACAUUAUCCUCUCCGAAAAGCCUCCGAUCACCACGACAAUCCAGUCAUUGCCACCGGCACUUCUCGAAAGAUUACUGGCAGAGCUUUCGACGCUAGCAUCGGUAUACCACAAACCACCGGAGCAGUUUGUGGGACAAGGUCGCUUUGGCGCCGAUGCAGUCCAGCGAGCUGCUAUUGAAGAGCAAAUGCAGAACGCCAGAGAGAAUCCCUUGGCCGCUGCCGCAGUCGCCGCUGCGGUGCAGGGAAAAGCGUCAGAAGCACAGAACAACAUGGAGAACUUGCUCGAUAUCGAUUUCGAUGGUGCUGCACCUGCAUCAGCAUCAGAGAAGCCUUCAAAUGGUCUGUCAGGACUAGAAGGUCUUGCGGGUACACCCCAAAGGGUGGAUUCACCGGCUGUUAGCCAACCACCGGCUGCAAACAAUAUGGACGAUCUGCUAGGGGUGUUUGGCAAUGGAAGUUCAUCCACCAUGCCCUCCAGUUCUUCCGCAUUUGGCGGAAUGUCUGACAGUGAUAUUAUGAAUGGCUUUGCUUCGAUGGACUUGUCAGGAUCUCAACCUCUCCCAGCAAAACAGCAGCUUGACAAUGCUGGCGGCAAGAAGACGAAUGAGGACUUGUUGUCCUUGUUCUAG